AUGCAUUUCAACAAACGUGCCAGCAACGAAAGUCUUUUGACCGCCAGCAGCACCUCAUCAUCAUCCGAAGCAGUGUCGCCAUCAGCUUUACGGUUGUCUUCUUUAUCAUCGACAUCCAAAACAACAACAUCAUCAUCGGCAGCAGCAACGUCACCCAGUUCGCAUGCUGGCGUCCGUUUGGGCCUGUGGUGUUUCCUUCUGUUGGCUGUGGUUUUAAUGGCUCAACAACAACCUUGCGAAGGCCGUUAUUUACCCACAAGGUCACGAGGUGAUGAUUUGGAUAAACUGCGUGAGUUAAUGUUGCAGAUUUUGGAAUCCAGCAAUGAAGACCAGCGACCACCAAAUGAGGCAAACGGCAACACCAUGUCGGCACAACGUGCUAAUUGGCUCAACAAGUUGAGUGGCGGCGGUGGUGGACCUUUGGAUGGUUUGGAUGCCCGGAAAUAUGCUCCCCAUGGUGUUUAUGAUAAUGGACGUUACUAUUAG